GUUAGCGUCUUCAUUAGAGAGCUAGUGUUAGCCUUUUGAGUUGAAGUUUGGUGCUGCUCGGAGCAUAAUGUCUGCAAGUUGUAUAAAUUCUUUCCAUGCUCCCCGGGAAGAUUCGGGAAAAUCUCCUUCAUCUGAGGAACUCUCCCAUCCUGAGCAAGAUGGAACCUAUACCGCUCUAAUGGAAUGCAAUGACGAGGACACGUCGCCCGGUGCGUCGGUGCAGUGUCGGGUGGUUGUGUCAAAGGCCGAGGUAGACGUAAUUGGCAGUUCGUCCGGCGGACAAAAUCUAUCGGAUGGCGAGGCUGUAGAGCGCACACGCUGGGGUCCCGAGGCCACGCCGGGAGAUAAUAAGUUGCCGUCACGUUCGAACGGGAAGUACACCGUCUCUGCCGAAGAAAAGGAAGCUCCGACCUCUCUGGGUCUCGAUGCAGAGUACGAUUAUAUCUACUCGCCAGAAGACCAUUACCCCGAUACUAUUGAUGGCUUUAACAUUCUUUACGAAGUGUACCAAGACCAUACCCUGUCACCUGAAUCUCCUGGACACAAAGAAAGCAUUCCCGAAGUUGCAGGCGUAGACGAAGGAGAGACGCGGGACGAGACGAGGGAGGGAACUGCUGUCCUGACCACCGUCAGGUCGCCUGCAGGAGUGAUUUCGACCGAGGGAGAGGGCCAAGGCGAGGACUCUGUUGUCGAAGUAACAGUCGGUGAAGGUGAUUACGCUGAUAAAGAUAUUGGAGAGGAAGAUUAUGUUGUCAUAAUUACCGAUGAAGAGGAUUACCCUGACAGAGAAAGAGAUUUUUAUGAUGAAGGAAGUGGUGGUGUGGAUGAAUCAGGCCGGGGUGAAGGAGACGAGGAUUAUUAUGAUGGAGGCAGAGGUAGGGAGGUCUACCCUGGGGUAGGCAGUUCUAAGGACUACCCCCUCAAAGGCACAGAUGAUGAAUAUCAUGCCCCGAGCAGAGGCCACGAAGACUUUCCUGAGCAGUAUCCUGUCCCAGAUACUGAUGAUGAAGACUACUACGGCAGAGGCAGUGGUGACAAGGAGCCUCCUCCUACAGGAACAGAUGACGAGGACUAUCCUGUUGCGGGAGAAUAUGAGGAGGAAUAUCCUGUCACGGAUGCAACUACUGAGGAUCAUCCUGCAAGAGGAACAGAUAAUGAGGAUUAUCAUAUCGGAGGUGAAUAUGAUAAGGAGUAUCCUGUUACGGAUGCCGAUCUCGAGGGAUAUCCUGCCGCAGGUAGAGAUGAUGAAGACUAUCCUGUAAUGGGCAUAUAUGAUGAGGACUAUUCUGGCAGGGGCAGUGGUGAAGAGGAGCAACCUGCCACAGUUAUAACUGAUGGUAGUUACCCUCUUACGGAUACAGAUGACGAGGACUAUUAUGUAACAGGUACAGAUGAUGAAAAAGAUCCAGUCACAGGUACAACUGAUGAGAGAUACCCUGCCCCGGAUACAGAUGACGAGGACUACCCCGUAACAGGUACAGAUGGGGAUGAAUACCCUGUCACGGGCACUGAAGAUAAGGAAUACCCUGUCACGGGCACUGAAGAUAAGGAAUACCCUGUCACGGGCACUGAAGAUAAGGAAUACCCUGUCACGGGCACUAAAGAUGAGGACUACCCUGUCGCUGAAACUGAAGAUGAGGAAUACCCUGUCACAGGCCCUGAAGGUGAAGAAUACCCUGUCACGGGCACUGAAGAUGAGGAAUACCCUUUCACGGGCACUGAAGAGGAAGACUACCCUGUCACGGGCCCUGAAGGUGAAGAAUACCCUGUCACGGGCACUGAAGAUGAGGAAUACCCUGUCACGGGCAGUGAAGAGGAAGACUACCCUGUCACGGGCCCUGAAGGUGAAGAAUACCCUGUCACGGGCACUGAAGAUGAGGAAUACCCUGUCACGGGCACUGAAGAUGAGGAAUACCCUGUCACGGGCCCUGAAGGUGAAGAAUACCCUGUCACGGGCACUGAAGAUGAGGAAUACCCUGUCACGGGCCCUGAAGGUGAAGAAUACCCUGUCACGGGCACUAAAGAUGAGGAAUACCCUGUCACUGAAACUGAAGAAGAGGACUACCCUGUCACGGGCACUGAAGAUGAGGACUACCCUGUCACUGAAACUGAAGAUGAGGAAUACCCUGUCACGGGCACUGAAGAGGAGGACUACCCUGUCACGGGCACUGAAGAGGAGGACUACCCUGUCACGGGCACUGAAGAUGAGGCCUACCCUGUCACGGGCACUGAAGAUGAGGACUACCCUGUCACUGAAAUUGAAGAAGAGGACUACCCUGUCACGGGCACUGAAGAUGAGGAAUACCCUGUGGAGGAGGAGCACCCUGUCACGCACACAGACGAAGAUGUCGCCCGAACGGACCACCAGAGCCCCAUGACAGUCGGCGCGGCAGCCCAACCAGGCGCUCCCGAUGUCGUGCCAGUCUUCGAGGAAAUGUCUGAGGACGGGAGUUUUUAUCGCCCAGGUAAAGGCAUCCUGCUGGCACGCCUCUGCUCCUUUGAAGCUCAUUGCAUCGUGCAAGUGCUGUCCCUCGGUGCCCGCAGUACCGGGGCCUCUUCAGCCAUACGACCAAGAGACGUCUUGCGGCGCGCCUUAGGCCUCUUACCAUGUGCUCAUGACAUCUCUUAAAAUCCAUGCACUGCAUAGACAAGUAUUUUUCUGCCGAAUGCAAGUUAGAAGUGCACAGGGCGGGGCCUACUAUCAUUUGCCUAUGGUUUUAUCUUCCAUUCGUUUUGUGCUUUAUGGGUCAGUUUUAUCAACCUUUGCGUCUAAU